AUGCAUAAUGGCACCGAUUCAGAUGCGGCUGCCAUGCCAGCGCCGGAAGGCGAAGUGGCGGAUUUCUCGCAUCCCUAUCGCUACCUGCAUACCGCCAACAAGGUAGUUGUGAUCGUGGGAUUGGUGUUGAGCACGAUAUGUUUGUUGGUGCGAUGCUAUACGCGAGUCACGGUGAUGAGGAAGCUAUUGUUAGACGAUGUAAUUCUUGUUAUCUCGUGGGUGUUUGCCGUGGCUACUCAAGCAUUGCUACUAUACGGGUAUAGCCACGCAGGCAUAGGGAUCCACGAAUGGGAUCUCCGCGAAGACGAACACAUCAAGUCACUACGUGUCCUGGUAGCAGGAGCACUCCUCUACGCGCCAGCCAUGGGCCUUUCCAAGCUCGCCAUCAUCGCCCUAUACUACCGGUUCUCGGAGCUGCGGACAGCAUGGAAAGUCACCAUCAUCGGGAUGGCCAUUUUCGUAACUUCAUACCUACUAGUCAUCGAGUUCCUUUUCCUCUUCGGCUGCCGCCCUGUCGCCAAGGCAUGGGACGAUGAAGUUGCCGGGUCGUGUGUCGAUCGCACAAGUAUAUUCAUGACAGGGGCCGUGGCGAGUGUCUUCACGGAUAUUAUCCUGCUUAUUAUCCCAGUCCCUGUCGUGGCUCGGCUUCAGAUGUCGAGAAGGAAAAAGGCUUGGAUUUUCAUGAUCCUAUUACUAGGGAGUUUAUCAGUCGUAACCAGCGCGCUCCGCAUCGCCGCCAUCAUCCCUCUCUUCCACUCGAAAGACCAAACCUACCUCUUCGGCAAAGUAUCUCUCUGGAUCAACGUCGAAUGCAACCUCGUAAUCAUCUGCGCCGCGCUCCCCUCCUUCCGCCAAAUCCUCCGCCUCCACGACGUCGGCUCGAACGGCAAGAUCCGACGCCCGCAGAGAACAACCAGCACGUAUCAUCUGCGGAACGCGCGGCGAGAACACGGCUUCACGAACCUGAGCACGGACAUGGAGAUGGACGACAGCGCCAGCCAUAGUCGGAGUCAUCCGCCGUCGAGGGGGGAUGAGACCAGCUACACUGAGCCUGUGAGGACGAGGGAGACGCCGAAAUAG